ACGGGAUAAAAACGAAACAACAACAGUUUAAUAAAAAUUCGACACAAAAUUACAAAGUAGUGAUCCACAACUAGCUCUAAUCUCUAGAACUAGUAAUAAUCCAUAUGAAUGCAAUUUGAUUAGUUUUUACAAUCUAAACCAUAUUCAUUUACUUUACUAUACAUUUCUUUAUUCAACUAUUAUUAUGAGAAUUCCACAAAUGGAUGACAAAAAGUCGUCCUCAAGUCAGUUAAAGAACACUCUAGCUGAGCUUUUACCUGGUCCGUCUCCGCCACCUGUGUCAACCUCAGCCUCUAUUAUAGUUGCACAAAACCCAUUUGAUGAUCAUGUGCCAAUCAACUCUAUGCAGGGCAAACCUCUUCAGCAAAUGCCUCAGCAACAAGGAGGACCAAUGGGUCCUGGUCAGGUGGCUCCAUCUCAUGGCAAAGUAUACCCUCCUAAUCAGCCAAUGGUUUUUAAUCCAUCUAACCCAAGCGCCCCUCCAAUAUAUCCUUGUGGUGUUUGUCACAAAGAGGUGCAUGAGAAUGAUCAAGCAGUUUUGUGUGAAAGUGGCUGCAACUUCUGGUUUCAUCGAAUGUGCACUGGGUUGACUCAGGAUGCAUUUUUUAUGUUGAAAAAGGAAGUAUAUGCUGAAUGGGUGUGUGACAGAUGUCUAAACACCAAAAGCAUUCCACUUGUGAAGUUAAAACCAUAAUUUUACUCACUUUUAAUGAAAGGCUAGUAUUUUUCAUUUUACAAAUCUGUAUUUUUUAAUAUUACAAUAACAGUUUAAGAAAUGUAAACUUAUCUAAUUAAUAUCUCUAAAAUGUUUUACUUUAUGGUUAAAACAUCAGUAUUUUUUAUCACUACUAGUUCUUCCUUUUUAACCUUCUAUAAGUCUUUAUAUAUCCUUAUACUAUAUUUGAAUGAUUUUGAUAUUAUUUUUAUACAAAUACUUUACAAUAAGAAUCUAAAAUUUUACUUUCAUGUAGGCAUCAACAGGUGUUAUAAGAAUUUGCAUUUUACUUUGUUGGAUAUGUUUAAAGAUUGUUGUAUUUAUAAAGAAUUGUUUAAGUAUAAAACUUACAAAACAGAUUUACUCCACAUUUUACAAGUAGUGUUAUAGUUUAUUUUUAGUGUGACAUUAUCUAUUUUUUUGUUUGUAAACCAGAAUGACAUUUUUAGCCACACAUGCUUUUAUGUUAUUAUCUGUCCAGCUCUACAGAAUGACAUUACUGAAUAAAAGAAUGUCUCUUGCUAGUACUGGCUUCUUCUAGAUGUGCAGCAACAUUAAAACUUAUUUUAUAAGUU